GAUGAUGAUCACAACUUAGUGCAGUGCCUCAUGCUAGCUUGCAUGAGUCCAGGGCUUCAAAAACGUUUUGAAUUCCAUAAAGCCCGUGAUAUGAUCCGGGAAUUGGAUGCUCUGUACAAGGAAACCGCAAAGUCUGAACGAUAUGAUAUCAUGAAGGCUUUGAUGGAUUGCAAGAUGGCUGAGGGUAGUUCAGUUGGCGAACACGUGGUCAAAAUGAUUGGCUAUUCUGAAAGGCUUAAAGCCCUAGAAUUUCCACUUCCACCUGGCCAUAUGAUGGACAUGUUGCUUUCUUCACUCCCCCCGUCUUACGACGGUUUUGUCAUGAACUACAACAUGACAGGGAUGGAGAAGACACCGGAAGAGGUGCUCGCCAUGCUGAAAACUACAGAAGGAGGACUGCGGAAAAAUCGCAAGCAAGUGUUGCUUGUGAAUAAAAUCGCCAGUUUCAAAAAGAAGAAAGGCAAGCCAAAGAAGGGCAAGGGCACCGGUAAGACCGGCUCCAAAAGCAACUCUAAGGGCGGAGCCAAGAAUGAAACUGAGUGCUUCUACUGCAAGGGCACAGGACACUGGAAGAGAAACUGCAAGAAGUAUCUGGAAGAUAAGAAGACCGGGAAAACCGGAAAAGGGACUUCAGAAGGUGCGCAAGCUAGCAAAGAAUGAAGUCGUGAUGCGCGUCGGGAACGGCGCUGGGAUCGCCGCUCAAGCCGUCGGCAUUAUGCCUCUACGUCUCCCUUCAGG